AUGUCUGGCGGUGUACGAAACCUCCGGGCUAUGUUCGAGAAUAAGACUGGCGAUACCUCGAAUUCUCCACCAAGCAGAGGCCGAUCUCCAAGCAACUCAGUUGCUUCGAGUCACAGCAGACCUGUGAGCAAGGUCCGAGCCAGCUUUGUGGCAGUCGAACGAUCAGGAGAGCAAGGACAACUCUGGGGUCUGCGAAAGGCCAGCGACGUGAGCAGUAUGGCAGAUGCUUCGAAAGAGAACGAGUCAAGCGUGGUCGAUGGGCCGCCGUUGAGCAUGUCCAAAUCGACACCGGAGAAGAGCCCAGGUGACGGACUGGGAUCGAUACUGAAGGGAUCGUCCUUUGUGGCCACACCUAGCAAAGAGCUGCCGAACAAGAUGGAGUUUUUGCCAGAGAAAUCGAAAGGUCCAUUGACUGCUACGACGGCGAACGAGCAGAAGCAGCCUCAGACCAACGGUAUCGGCGCUCGAGCUGCAGAUGCCGCAAAGAAGAUCCAAGACAAGGCCAAGACAGCGGUCAAGCCGAAUCCGCAACCUAUCGAGACUACAGCCAGUUCAGACAAGUCGCCAAAGAAGUCACCAAAGACACCCACGAGUGCUGGACUGAAGCCUCGGGGCGGAGUUGCAAAGAUACAGGGAGUUGCAGACUCGGCCAAGAAGGCAGCUGAAGGGAGGGAGUACACUAAGAAGGCAACCCAGACCAACUCUGCUCAGAGUCCCACAACACCGAGAUCGCCUGCGAAAUCUAGCACACGGAAAGACCAGCCAAGAGCUGCCGCAGCGUCGGCCCCGAAGUCGCCAGCAAAGCCCACCUCAGCUCCAAAGUCGCCAGCAAAAUCGAUAAAGGCACCGUCUGCAGCGACAGCAGCAACAGAAGCGUCAGCAGCGCACAACAGGCCGAACAAGGUGGAAAUCACGAAAAAGCCUGCUGUUCACUCGGACAGACCAGUCAAGCUACCCUCAGCAGCCACUGCCACUACUGCAGCGUAUGCGUCACACCAUGAAGCACCAAAAGUCGAGACAACGAAAAAGCCAGCGCAUUCGGAUCGACCAGUGAAGCUGCCCUCAGCAGUCACGGCUACGACAGCCGCUUCUGCAGCCCAUGAGCGCUCGUCCAUCGACACAGAACCCAAAAAGCCGGCUCCUAGAAGACAGUCGGCAGUGACUGGCACCAAGCCAAGACUUUCAACCCUAGGCACUCAAGCAUCGCUGGCCAAGAAGGCGUCGAGAGCAUCGUUGGCAGAUCGCCCAAAGUCACGCGCGAGCUUAGCCAAGCCAGACGAUGGUUUCCUGGCAAGGAUGAUGAGACCAACUCAAGCGAGUUCUCAGAAGACCCACGACAAGGUUCAGAUAGACAGCCCACCCAGAGGUAAGGCUGCAGCUCCGACGUCAACGAAGCCAAUUCCUAGACCAAGCUUGAACAGCCAAGCGCACCACGAUCGUGCUAAUGGACAGAAAGCGCGUAGCGAGAAAUUGCCGAUCACUCCAGUCACACCUACCUCGCCCAAGCAAGCCAGAAUUGUACAUCAGACCCCAGGUUCGAAAAAGAUCGAGACACCAAAGAACGGGAAGACCGCCACAGGACACCACCACCAUGACCACGUGGAUGCAGAUGGCGAUUACUCAAAGCCACCCAGGAGCCCUGUCGCAGCGAAGCAUGUAAAGCCUGCGUCUCCAGAGAAAGCGCAGUCAAGCGAGCCCGCAAAGGACAGCACAUCAAGAGGUCGAGCACAUAAUGAUCACAUCGAUGUCGCUGGUACAUAUGCAGAGAAAGGCCCAAAUUAUGUGGACGCCUCCAAGAAUAUUGAGCAUGAAACCGUGCAGGAACCAGUCGAGGAGGGCGCCAGUAGUCCGGUCAACGGCAUGGAUACUCCUGGCACGACGAACGGUGCUGAGGCAAAGGCGCAAGAGACAACACCGCUGCCUCUGACAGAGCCAGAGCCACUGUCAGAGACCAAGGGCGAAGCGCAGAUUCCACCUCCGAGGAGUCCUCUGGCGGAGCCGGUCACUGAGCAAGCCGUCACUGCUUCUGAGAGCAAGACCGAGGUUCCCAGUACCUCAACGCGACCAGCAGAACCCAGCACGGAAGCUGGAUCUACCACAGUCGAGACCCCGGAGCGUCGCAAGCCUCGCAAGCUAGGUCCCAGCAAGAAGAAUUCGGUAUCGAACGUACAAUUUGAGGCAAAUGUGCCACGAGCGCAAAGCUCAGAUCAGCAAGCCGUUCUUCCUAAGGCUGAAGUUCCUACCACUGGUGAGCAAGAAUCGGAAACCCAGCCUGUUUCGAGUCUGCUAGGGAUACGCGGUAAUGACUAG